AGCGUUCUAGUUCGUUAGUUGACUUUACAAACCUUUAAGUUGUUUUGUUGGGACGAGGAGUGCAAUUAUAACUCCGAUUAUCGUAGUUUACAGUAUUUUCGCCAAAUAAUGGACACAUUUGAUGUAUCUAAUAGAAAUAGUUGGUAUUUCGGCUCAAUGUCACGUCAGGAAGCAACAGAAGUACUGAUGAAUGAAAGGGAGCGAGGCGUGUUUUUAGUACGAGAUAGUAACUCUAUUGCUGGUGAUUACGUUUUAUGUGUAAGGGAAGAUACAAAAGUUAGUAAUUACAUAAUAAAUAAAAUUCAGAAGAACGAAAACAUUGUAUAUCGCAUUGGGGACCAAUCUUUUGAAAAUUUGUCGAAAUUGCUUACAUUUUAUACUUUACAUUAUUUAGAUACAACUCCUUUGAAACGGCCAGCUUCGAAGAAAAUAGAAAAAGUAAUUGGAAAAUUUGACUUCGAGGGAACAGACCAGGAUGAUUUACCGUUCCGACGUGGUGAUAUUCUUACUGUUAUAAGAAAGGAUGAAGAUCAAUGGUGGACUGCCAAAAAUUCACUAGGACAAACAGGUCAAAUUCCUGUACCCUAUGUACAAAAGUACGAUGAAAAUUUUGAUGAUUGUUACCAUGAUCGCUCCUUAUUUAGUGAUUGCAAUGGUGGAAACGCAGCAGCAGCUCGUAUAAGUGGGUCUAGCGAUGCACAUGGAAACUGUCAGCGUUUAAAUAAUACUCUAAAAAAAUCAGAUUUAAAUCGAAAACUACCUGCUUUUGCACGCGUAAAGCAAGCUCGAGUUCCAAAUGCUUAUGAUAAAACGGCGCUAAAACUGGAAGUUGGAGAUAUUAUAAAGGUCACAAAAACAAAUAUAAAUGGUCAAUGGGAAGGAGAGAUAAAAGGGAAAAAAGGUCAAGGUCACUUUCCUUUCACGCAUGUUGAAUUUAUUGAUGAUUGUGAUUUAAUACGUUGCUCAGGUGAAAGUUCACAUACUCAUAAAGAACCAAAUAUAAGCAAUGAUUGGGGCGAAUAAAAAUUGUUUUGACAAUCUUAUAAUAUGUAUAUAUUAUUUUAUGCAUGUAAUUUUUUUCAAUAUAGCCUUAUAAAAUACUUCAAAUUAACUUGUAAGUAAUAUUUUUAAUUAUUGUAUGCUAGAUAUAUAUUAAAAUUAAACAAAUGUAUUAUGGUAAGAUGCAAGAAUAUUUAUUUUGUUCAGUGAGACUUAUAAUUAAAU